UAGCGAAUUUUAUUUUAGAUGAACUGUCGAUAGCCGAUUGGCUUAGACUACCAUCAGCCAACACAAGUAGAUUUCCCAAUCCACAACAGCCAGAUAUUUCUAACGUCUUGUUAAAUAAUUGGUCAUCCAGAUUUGGCAGCUGUUUGUGUUCAUUCAAGUGUUUUUCCCUCCUGAUGAGAACUUUUAUAUUCAAGUCAAAAUAUAGCCACACCAUGCUGACUUGCUUACACAUUAAAUCUCGAAGAUAAGUUGUGACAGCUGUGUUUAUUUGUUCCGAAAACAUCUUUUUAAACAGAAAGCUUAGUACAUUUUAGACACAUGUCAUGGGAAAUGUUAACAAAAAGCCUGAAUUCUCUACACUUACAGGAAAUCAUGAAGCUGAGAUGUGCUAUGGAGGAGAAGCUGAUCUACACACGCGUGUUACUGACUGUAAGAAGAAUCCAGGUCACAAAGGUUUUAUACCUCUUAAAGAUUUCAACGCAAGUUGUCUCCCCUCACGUUACCAUAACGACCUCAUGUCUGAGACAAUCAAAGCAUUGGCAGCCCUAACUGUCCAGGUAAAGUCUGAAUUCACCAGUCUAGAGAGACCAGAGUUUUACCCAGACACUCAAGUUCCAUAUCCAUGUUAUAAGGACAGAGGAAGUCACGUGAUGAGGUUAGGGACGGGGAGGGUGUGGUAUGUGAUCAAGUACACAGAGAGUGACAGAAAAUCUUGUCGUUGUGCCAAGUGUCAAGUCUCUGCCACACCCAGCAAAGUGUGGGGGAAGGUUUUUGUGACCACAGCCACACACGUGGUGUUUGAUGACAGUGAGGCGAGACAGACCAGGUGUGUUUUAGGUUUUGAUGACAAUAAAAGUCCAGUGGUCAGUCUUGAUGGCUGGGAGGUGAAGUGGGGUGGGGCAAACAUUGAGGGAGACAGGUGUUAUUUGAGAUAUGAGACAUGUGACUUAGAGUUGGUUGAUGAACUGGACAAGAUGUGGCGGCACUUUGAUCAUCUAUGUUGGAAAGUAAGCGAGAAAUACAAAUACGGGAGAUUUUUUGGUCUGAACAAGUUGACCGUUAUAGUGUCACAUCCUCAUGGCUGUCCUAAACAGGUCUCUGUAGGACAAUGGACACACAAACGUGAGAGGGAUGGCGUGAACAGCAAGGUCACCAGGUACUGGUACACAACAUGUACAUGUCCUGGCUCCAGUGGAGCGACUGUCUACAGGCUGAGACAUGACGAGUGGUUCUAUCUCCAUCCCCACAGUGGAUCAAACCCUGAAGGAAAUUAUAGUGGGGAGUGUGUCUGAUGUAACUGUUAGUUCUCUCCCCUUGUCUACACAAUGUAAACAAACAAAAUGGCGGAACCUUUCCCGUCAUUAAACUUAAAGACCUGCAUGUCUUACUAACAUUUUAUUACAUUUAAAUGAUUAGAACAAAUGUGUUGAUUGAUGUAAACCGUUUAAGCAUAUUAGUUUGCAUGUACAUUGUAGAGUGUUAGAGUUUUUUUUGUUUCAAAUGUUGUAAAUAAUUUGAUUAUAACUUUUGUCGGCAAUCGUUGUCCUAUACCUAUAGAUAGGCUGGCUAUUACCUGUAAAUUAAAUGUAACCUACCUUUUAAAAUGUCAAAUUC